AUAUGAACGAGGCGUAAACCAUCGUCGUUGACCUAGAUUAAAUUAGGUCUUCUCCCCGCUGCAUCCACUGAAGUCUUUUUCUGGAGAAGAUGUCGCGCGAUAGAGCCAGUAGCAGCUGCAUGGAAAGCGCACGCAGUACGUACGGAGCUCCACCGGCGUCGUCUCGACGGAGACUCCCGCGCAGUGUCCAUUCUGCGUCAUUUGGCUUCCUCCGGCCGUGUUCUCUCCCAGUCCCCGCUUGAUAUACAUGAGCCCAAAGGCUAGAUGUUCGUAUGACUAACUUAUAUGAUCGAUCGACCUCAGACGUUGGCCCAGCCUUGAGCCUUCUCACCAAGUAAACAUCUCUCCGAUUCAAUUCUCUGUUUCUAGACGCUCACACAUUGCGUGGAACUGCAAUCCAGACAAUGGCAGCUGCAGGUCGUGGCGCUGCUCACCAUGAUGCGCUGACGAGCCGUUGCCUGGCCUUCGCGGAAGGGGUGGCGACAAUGGUGAGCCCGGUGCUCCUGGCGCUGGCUCUCAAGGACAAGUGGAAGAGCGACGUGCACGAGCCUUCUCUUCCAAUGGCGAUGCUCACCGCCAUCGCCGGAGCCACUCUCUUCACGGGCAUCUGCCCCACGCUCGCCUGCUGCGCCUCCGAGAGGUUCCCGACGGCUUGCGUCAGACUGCCGUCGGUGACCCGGGGUCUCACGGCCACCGUCUCCUCCGCUUGCCUCCUCUUCAUCGCCUGCUGGAUCUCAUACCUCAGCGUCGUCUCCGACAGCUUCGUCUUCGUCGUCGGCUUCCUGUCGGGGAUUUUCCUCUUGCUCCGAGCAGUCUCCUACUGGCUGCCGCACGACCAACAGCAACAGCUUCCAAAGCUGAAUCAUCCAGAGGAAGGAGAAGAUCGAAAAGCCAAAGAGAAAGAGCUGUGCGCCAUGGUGGACAAGUCGCACGAGUUCAUGUCCGGCGUCACCGGGAUCCUCUUCCUCGCGCUCGAAGGCAUGGCGCUCGAAGGCCUGGCCAUGACCAGCAGUGCGACGCCGGCGUAUAAUAACCCCGGGACAGACUCAGAGCACGCUCUGCUGCUGCGGCCGCACAUGAGCAUCAGCUUCUUGGUCUGCGCCGUGGGCGUGGUCCUCAUAUUCCUCGAGAUGGUUCCCCCCCGUGGCGCCGCCAAGGUGCUCGGCUUAAUGUACUGCGCCGACGCCGCCAUGGCCGCCGGCACCGGCGCGCUGCUGACGGCCGUCGUCAGCACGGCCAUGGGGAAGAGGAAGACGAAGGCUGGGUUCCUGUUCCUCUUCUUCCCGUUCCUCAUCUUCAUCCAGCUCGUCUACAGAGUCACCAUCAACGCUCGGAACUCGAUCAACGGGCGCAGGACGCCAGGGGACCUUCAUGCCGCCGAGAAUCCAGUUGAAGAAGAAGAAGACGGAGGCGAGGAGGAGGCUAAGCCAGCGCCCAUGGGGCUGACCAAAGUGACGUUCACAGGGUUCCUGGUCGUGUCCGUCAAGGCCAUCAGCGGCGGCUCGCCCAGCGGCUGGACGCUCUGCUUCCUGCUGUUCGCGGCGGCGGCCAUUGUUUCCGGCUUGUCGUGGCGGCUCCUCACGCACGCGCAGAACAAGGUCAAAGUGGGGAAAGCCGCCGCCGACGAAGCCGCCAACGUCGCCGCCUUCUGCACGCACCUCUGCGUCGCCGUCGCCACGGUUCUGUUCGCGGUGGUGGCAUGGGAGGCGGCGGCGGCUGGCAGAGACGAUGAGCGGCAGCACGUGAGCGCCGCCGCGUGCGCGCAUGUCUCCCAGGUGACGUGCGUGCAUCUCGACAAGAUUCUUGAUGUGCAGAAUGUCAGGAACAUGUGCACUUGCAUUGACCCCUGCAGAAACUGACGGAUCGCACGCACACGCCCCGAGCAACACGCGCAAUAUACAAAAAUAAGAUUUUUUUUGUGUGAUCAUCCUUUUGUAACAGAGUAAAAUAGCAGGUUGACUCAUGCAUUUGCGUGACUUGAUUAUUAAUUUUAUUUGUUUAUGCUAGUAUUCGUUUCAAAAAGAUGAUAAUUUGGUCUCGUGGUCAA